AAUGGCCUUUGUGUGAAGGCGGGGAUGACUUGCCUCGGUUAGGCUGCUGAUUAGCAACAAACAGAAGGUUACGAGUUUAAAAAAUUGGACUAUUUGACCGCCAGACUGAUUUUGCGGCAACGAGAGAGGUAUGAACUAUGUCGGAUGCCUAACCAGAGCUUGUUGGGACGCUUUUGAGGGGACCCUGCGGCGAUUUGUAACAUUUCUGGCUGAUCGCGGAGACAGCCUCGCUUUUAGGUCGUUCCAAGUGGCGAUGCUGAGCUGAUAGCUGCGUCAUCAUGUUGCUUCCGACUCGAGUUGGCGAAAAGAAAUCUCAAGUUAACGCCAGAGGUGAGGCUACCCGCCGCCAUCCCGCCCCGGAGGCCACUGCCAGCCCCUGAAAUAGAUGGAAGACGGGCUGCUGGUGAGCGGUUUGCUGUGGUCGCUGUGAAACUGGUGACUUUAACGUUACAUCACUUGCUCGGCGGUGUUGGCGCGAUAACGUACUCUCCUGGCUGCAUUUAUUAUCUACACUCGGAUGGACAGUCAAAACAAUUCUAUUGAUGGUGCGCAGCGUUAGAAACCGCAAACAUUGUACAUAAAUAUGACCAAAUGGUUUUCAAACAGAAAGUGGAACUAUAUUUAUAUUUUAGGGAUGCUAGCCACAACUGUUUGGGGUAGUGAGAAGUGAUGCCCUCACUGACAGAUAACGUUAGGGUACAAAGCAGGACCCUUCAGUGAAAUGCUGCUGACUCCCAUCUGGUGGUGACUUUCUUCUUCUGCACCAGAUGAGAAAAACAAGCUUUCAGUGAGGCAUAAUGAGACGUUGCGGUUAUUUUUAGCUAAUUUGUAGCUUUCCACUAGGCUAUGUCAGACUUUUAGCAGGUGUGUUUUGUUGGGACUUAUUGUUAGGUCGGUGGUCUGUUGUCUGCUGUCACCGUAUCCACGUGGACUUUGUUUCAGGUCGGUGGGUAAAGUUUGGCUCGGGGUGACCCGGCACUGUAAAACAGGACUGAGUGGACAAAGUUACAUUUUACAUUGGAAUAUAAAACCGGAUAAAAUGGCCGGCGACUGCACCCACACCAAUGCUCAUUACGCGAACGCAGAGACGUUUUGUCCGUCCAAACCCUGGUCGGAUGCAGCCAGAGAGAUGGAGUCAGCCGGGAACUCGAAAGGGCGUGGACUUCCAGCACAGUGGUCGUCCAACUUUGAGACGAUAGACGGGCUGUUGUACCGCAAGAAGUUGGAAAAGGGCUUCAUCAACUACCGGGAGGUUUUGGAUGAGGAACGGAGACAUGAGGCCCUCAACACCUUUCACCGGCGGCGGCUUGGCCAGCGCCAUCUCUCCCUGGAGGAGACCUACAAAUGCGUGGCUGAAAACUACUGGUGGGAAGGGAUGUACUUUGAGAUCAGAGAUUUUGUCCUGGGCUGUCUAGAGUGUAAGAGCCAGCACACCAUGAACAUAAAGGAGCAGGGUGGCAAAGGAUGUGUCACAAAGACGAUGGUGUCGCACAGCGCCGACAUGCUGAGCAAGCUGAGGAGUCAGCGAGAGGCGGGCCUGUUCUGUGACAUUACACUGCGGACAAACGGGCGAUCCUACUCUGCCCACAGAGCUGUCCUGGCGGCCGUCAGCGAUCACUUCCAGGAAAUCUUCACAGAAAUGGACUCGAGCAUGAAAGCAGACAUAGAUCUCACUGGUUUUAGCGAGGACAGCCUUUUGUCUCUGCUGGAUUUUUCCUACUCCUCCACUCUGUGUGUUCGCCAGGAGGACCUACCUGAAGUCAUCGCCAUGGCCCGCCACCUGGGCAUGUGGCCUGCAGUGGAAGCCUGCUCCGCUCUCAUGAAAGAGCAGGAGCAGAAACUCCAUCCUGGCAAGGCCUUUACCUCAGCCGUUGCUGGUGCAUGUCAUGAGCGUCACCGCCAGCAGAGGGAAGGCAAAAGGAAAAGGGUUUUGGGAUUAGAGGACAGUAUGGACGACGGCUUCAGUCUAAUGCUGGAUGCAUCAGAUGAGUCUUUAGAAGGAAGUCCAAGGCACAGUUUGCGCCGGACACCGAAAGCCCAAGGCCAUAAUGGUCUCCCUCUGAGCCCCUCACACAGGAUGAAGCUUAUGGACUUCAAAUCUCCCUCUUCAAAGAAAGCUACUGCACCUCGACACACCAUAGCCACCCCACAGUCACAGACUUACUCGCGCGUAUCACCAUCAAACACCCGUCUUCUCCGCUCCUCUCCUGGGGCGGCCAAGAAGGUUCAGAGAUCGCUCUCCAUGCCAGAGAGCCCUCGACGAAACCGAAAACCUCACUCUAGGGUUACAAAGAUUGCCGUGUGCAGCCCUGUGAGGGUAAAGCAGGAAGUAGAGGAGGUUGGAGAGGAUGAACGGGAUUAUGCGAGAGCACAGGAGAAGUACAAGCUGAUGAAUGUUCUUGGGUUACAGAGGACCGCCCUGCUCCCUAGACCAGAAGAUCUGAUUGGCUGGAGACAAAAGAAACGACUGAGAAAGCUGAAGGCUAACAACUAUUCGCUGACAAAGCGCCGAAAACCACGCUCCACCUCCCCAGGACUACCAUAUGGUGCUGUGACACUGUCACUUCCCCUCUGUAAUCCCAUUAACACUCACCUCCUCAACAAGGCAGUAAAGACCAAGCCUCUGGGUCCAGUCAGCACAGAUCAGAUGACCGCAAAGAGGCCAAAGACCGUCCCGCGGCAUGUCCCUCCAAGUGACAGGAGCAUGCGAAGUAAAGGUUUAUUACCAGACAUGUUUCAGCCUGCAUCCAGGCCUCCGUUCGGGGGGAGGGAACUCAGACGGUCAGUGAGGAAGGGUAACGGUGUCCAUCUUCCUACCAAGCAGCCUCUGCGAGGCAACACCAACAAAACUCUAGUGAGAAGCGCAGUCAGGAUUAAGUCAGAACCAACUGAAUACUCCAUCUCAGGUUUCACUCUUUCAUCCAACAAUCGCUGUGGCCACACACCUCACAAAUCACCACCUUCACACAGGACACCGGCCAGAAGUAAGGUCACUGUAGAGGCGGUCAAAACGCUGCGUUACAACAUCAGCCGGCCAGCCACAAAGACCAAGCUUAGGGGGGGCUUCACAAGGGAGGUGGAGAAGACAAAGUUUAAGCCCAGAGAGCAGGGGAGGAAGGUAGGGCUCAUGGCCACUAGACCGAGGGUGAAGGAUAAUGAACCUGGGGGGCUCCAGGUUUCAGAGCAAGCACCUCCGCCGUCCAUCUACAAUCACCCUCUGUACAAAGUCAUCAAAGAGGAGCCAGCAGAUCCCUUGCCAGUUGGAGGACCUUUCCCUGAUCUUCCCUCACCAGACCUGGGCAAGCGCCAGAGCAAGCCCCCCAUCAAAUUACUGGACUCAGGCUUUUUGUUCAGCUUCUGUCGGCCAGCAGGAGGGCCGAUGGCAGGACUGAAGAAAGAGGAGGAGAGCGUGGAUAUCUGCUUAACGCGCUCGGUGUCACAAGUUGGGGAGACAUUUGAAGCGGAGGAGUCCCCCCACAGGGCACUGAGAGCCAGAGCCCCCCCCACCCUGCCUGUGGUGAAGAAGGAGAGGGAGGAGAGGAGCGUGAGCCAAAGCAAGGUUCAGAGACCCAGGCCAAACUCCCGAAACGGCCCUCUUCCCCUGGCCAAAUCUGCCGGGUCAAAGGCCGCACGGACCAUGCCAAAGCAGCAAUGUAAACUCCGACUGAGCAGCAGGAGCUGUGUAAUGCUGGAUGCUGUACGUCGGGCAAGGCUAAAGCAGCUUCGAGGGCCUCGUAGUCAAGUCCCCAAAGUCCCAAAGGCGUGCCAUGCCUGUGCACAGUGCUCCGCCUCCUACAAGGACUGCGAUGCUCUAAUCAUGCAUCGCCUCAGGCACAUCGAGGGCAAGCACUGGCCAUGUCUGCUCUGCAGUAAGACAUUCUUUCGACUGAGGAAUGUACGGAACCACAUCCGCACCCACGACCCCAAGUUGUACAAAUGUCGGAGCUGCAUUGCUGCUGGUUCCUGAGGCAGCUGGGAGGGUCUGCUCAAGCAGUGAGACUGAGGAUGAAGGCUGUCAGUGUCUGACACCAGCGAACAGGCUGAUUCCAGAGGCACAUGAUCGAUCAGCAGCUUGUACAUAAUGCAUCUGUCACACACAAGCACAACGGUCUGUGGAAAGGCAUAAUUACUCAGAUUCUAAUCAUUGCCGUUGUCAAUGAUCGCUAAUGUUAUUUAAAUAACCAAACCAAGGUUGCUGUCCUGUUUGCGUUUCCGUAGUUACAGAAGGUUAAACUUGAACAUUACACUCAGGGGGCGGGGAAUGUGAUGCUACGGUAUAAAGUGAUUUAACGUCACGGUUGUGUAUAAAAUGAAAUGUAAAGUGAUUGUUAUACCUAUUACUGCUACUUAUUGUUAUUAUUUUUGUAUGUAUAGAUGCAUUUUGAGUGCACUUAUAUCCUAGCUUAUGUUGUAAACCUAAGAAGUGGUGAUGAAGUUGAAGGUUUGGAGUCCACGGUGGGAAUACUUGAAGUGAUGCAAGUGCUGGAGGGAAUACUUGAAGUCAGCGGGGGGUCUUAGGAGUGAGACUGUCCUUCGGGUGUUUCAGUGGGUCUUUUGUCUUUUGGUGUGCUAACUUUAACACGACUUGACCAGUCUGUCCCUCCCUCUGUCCCCUGACCAGCCUGCUAUCAGCUAUCUGCUGUCUCUCAUAGUCUGCGAGUCAGGGAUUUGACUCGGGGCUGGUAUGGUGACACCACUGCAUGAGUAUUUGCAGGCCAUUUGUGGUCCACUGUCUUUUCUAAGGCUACCAAUUUUAAAAAGGGAAAUGUGUCCCAUUUUUAAUGUGAAUUUCUAAAUAAUAAUCAACACAGCUGUGUCAUUACAGAUGUUUUAUCGAUCUCCUCUUUCACUUUGAUUCAUGAAGACACUUGUCGUUUUUCUUCUCCUUUUUAAAUUCCCCUCCUACUGAAUAAAUGCAACGUGUUCACAUAAAGUGAUGUUUGUUUCCCAAAUUGAUUUUAGAUAUAAAUGAGCUGUCUAUCGCUAUCUGUUAAAAAGACGGAAUAAAAUGUUGCCUUUUUA